UAAAUCUUUUAGGGUUCAUUUAAAACUUUAAAGCUUGUUUAAAGCCUGCUUUUUCUUCCAUUCCAUUUCCACACGUGUGUAAUGAAAACAACAGUUUUGUGGAAUUGAAUGGAAAUUUUUGUAAGAAUUAUAAAACCAGUUUUCUAUAAAAAAUUUACAGAAAAAUCAAAAAAACAUUUUAGGAAUUAUUCUUUAAGUAAAAUCACAAAAAGUCAGACGUAAAAAUGAAAAAGUUUCUAAUUUUAUUAAGUAUUUUAAUUUCAACGACAAUUGUAAUUGGAAGUGAGAAAGCAGACGAUUUAUUAAGUGAUAAGAUGCAAUAUCCAGAAGAAUUAGAUAAAGUAAAUGAAGAUGAGAAGCAGCUGGUGAAAAGACAAGCUUACAGACGACCAACUGUAAUAUUUGAUCUUUUUUCGUCAUUCCUACAACAGCCAAGUUACAACUAUCAACAAAAUUAUAACCAGCAGCGUCAGUUUUACAGACCGCAACAAACAUUUCUUCAAAGUCCUCAAUUCGGUGGACAUCAAACAAAUAAUUAUAAUCAGCAAAGACCACAAUACAACAAUUAUCAACAAAAUCAAUAUCAGCCAUUCAAUUUUAUCGACCAUCUUAACAAAUUGCCUCGUAAUUCGGAAACAUUUGGAUAUUAUCUAGACCCUUAUCAUGGAAGAAGACUGCCUGAAAAUGAAAGACAUUUGUGGGGACCGUCAGAAUCAUACCGUGAAUCAUUAAGAGGAAGAAGAGCCAUUUUCUACUACCGAGGAUAUCAACAUUUUGUAUCAAAAAUUGCAUUCAAUCCACAUAGAGGUGUCAAAAUGUAUGUUGUGAAUGUUGGAAAUAUUCCUGGAAUCUAAAGAACUUAACUUAACAAUUAUGAAUCUAUUGACCAUUGAUUCUAGAGUUUAAUCCAUUUUAUGGUAUUUUAUGUUUUUUUGAGUGAUGACUGAGUCAUGUUUUCUAAAUUGAUUCUAUCCAGGCUCGGAAACUAGGAGGUUUGCCGCCAAAUACCCCAAACUUCCAUACAAAUACCUUUAAAUACACCCAAAUACCUCAAAUUCCACGUCUUCAUAUGAAAUACCGUUAAAUCUCGCCUUUAAAAAUCCCACCUAGUUUCCCAGCCUGGGUUUCUAUAAUCUACGAAGUUUCCAAAUCAAAUGACUCAAAUAGAACCCUAAGAAUUCCAAUUUCAGAGACAAAAAGUAAAUAAAAGUAAGCGCCAAAAGCGUUAUUUCCAAAGAUUUUGCUUUGUUCUUGUAAUAA